UACAAAAAUCCAAAAAUAAGAGGCCGGAAACGAAUUCAAAACCAAAACAAUAUCAUAACAAAGUUUUAAAAAAUAAUGCGCUAAUUUUAAAUAUCUUUUAAUAUAGCUGUAAAUUUGAGUUAUGGCUUUCAAUUCUCAAAUGCACGAGCGUAAUAUCUACAAAAAUCGUCCUGACUUUGCUCGUAUUGCUUUGAACUACCCCGAAUUUCGUAAAUAUGCAUUAUCUGAUGCAAAAGGUAAAGUUCGUGUUGACUUUACCGAUCCAGAUGCUUUGAGAAUUUUAACAAAAAUAUUGUUAAAAAAAGAUUUCAACCUUACGGUGGAGAUACCAAAAGGUUUUCUCAUACCCACUGUUCCGCAAAGAUUAAAUUACAUUUUGUGGAUGGAAGAUUUGCUGUCAAUUCUGAAAAAUAAAAAUAAAAUGUUUCAUGGAAUUGAUAUUGGAUGUGGACCUUGUGCUAUAUUUUCAAUCCUUGGUGCCAAAAAGAACGGAUGGAUGUUUACAGCUACAGAAACUUCUGGAGAAUCUUUGCAGUGGGCUCUUAAUAACAUCAAAGCUAAUGAUUUGGGUUCUUUGAUUAAAGUUAUGAAAGUUGAUUCAAAUAGUGCUUUAAGAGAAGUAUUGUCCUCAAAUGAAGAUUAUGAUUUUUGCCUCUGCAAUCCACCCUUCUUUGAAAACAUGGAAGAUAUUAGGAAGAAACCCCCUAGAGUGAAAGAAAGUAUAACAACAAUUGUCAAGAAAGAAGAAAUUUUUGCUGAAGGUGGAGAAGUAGCUUUUGUGAAAAGAAUUAUUGAAGAAAGUUUAAUAUUCAAAAACAGAAUAAAAUUAUAUACAUCGAUGUUUGGAAAGAAAAAAAGUUUUGUUGAAAUUUUCAAAGUACUUCAGGGUAUUAAAGACAUUGCAGUUACCAAAAGUCAGUUCUGUCAAGGCAACACUAUUAGGUGGGGUAUUGCAUGGACUUUCGAGAAAUCUGUUAACUUUGGAACCAUUGAAAAGCCCAAACCAAAGAAAACUAAAAAAGUUAAGCCACCCCUUGUUCAUCCUAUUCCUAAAGAUAUUAAAUGCCCUAAUUAUAAUGUGCAGGAGUUGUCAAAAAUCAUUUGGAACACAUUGAAAGAUUUAAAGAUUCUAAUUAAAGUUGUUCGAGUACAUGAACAUUACACUGAAAGUCAAAUUACUACUGAUAAUAACACAUGGUCACAUCAACGAAGAAAAAGGAGAGAAAUGAAGCACAACGUGGAAAACACUGGUGACAUUAAUUUAUCACCAAAUAAAAUCUCUGAGUGUGAGCUAAUAACUGCCAAUACUGAGUCUAAAUCUCCCAAAUCAGCUGAUAUAACUUCAACCAGUUCUGUAUCGAUGACUGGUGCACAAGUUGGUGAAACUGCUAGUUUUUAUGCCUCAAAAGGCAAAUCUUUAGCUACUAAAAUUGAAAGUGAAAAUUUAAAACCGCCUGCAUCUGAAGAAAGUCAUAUGAGCUUUGAUAAUUCUUUCAAAAAACGUAAAUUGGUUGAAGAUAACUCUUCAAGUUGUAAAAAGCCACGAAUAGAUUCUGAACAAUCAGAGCAGAAUGAAAUGAGGCAUGAACCCGUUAGUCAGUGUUCUAAAGAUAUUUCAGCUGAUAACUCUGAUUCCAAUCAACAGAAGCAAGAACUGAUUGAAAUUAAUACUGAUUCUAAAUCUGUCAAAUCAGCUGACAUAAGUACAACACCUUCCAUUGUCAUAACUGAUGCUUCUGGUGAAACUGAUAGUUUUCUGGCUUCAAAGAACAUAUCUUUAUUUGCCAAAAAAGAAAAAGAAGAUUUAAAAAGGGCUGCACCUGAAGAAGGAUGCAUAAGCUCAGGUCACACUUUCAAGAAACGUAGACUGGUUGAAGAUAAUUCUUCAGUGUGUAAAAAGCCACGAAUAAGUUUAGAGCAGUCAGAACAAAUCGAGCCAACCUCGGAACUCAUUAAUCAGUGUUCUAAAGAUAGUUCAGUUGAUGAUUCAAACCAACAGAGUUCCACUUCAAGCCAUCUUCUAAAGAAGCCCAAAGAAGAAUGGAUGGAUAUUGUUCGUGAUUCUGAAUCAACUAUACAUAGUGAGGACUUUAAAGAAUCUGAAAGGGUUCAAAAUAAAGCGACAAAUCUUAUUAAAGCUGAAGAUAUAAGUGAUGUGAACUUUGAACCUAAAUCUUUAUUGUUUUGUACAUUAAAAAUAAGGCGAGCCAAAGAUUUUGUGUUAAUUGAAAUGAAUUGCCCUGAUGAAGCAAAUCGUGAAUCUAUGUACCAAAUACUUCAGCACCUUAAAAAUAAAUUACAUUAGCUGUG